CCGUUGUCAGAUCAUCACACUGUCUGUUCUAUAUUCCUUUUGCAUUUGCACACAAACAGACAUGGCUCGUCUAGAUGUCACGGAAACUUUUCACAGCAUCAUGUUUCCUGGGCACAUGCAUACUAAAGACUCAUUGAAUUAUGCGACAAAUUUCCAAUUUCAGGACACAGAUACUGUAAUUGUCACCUACCCAAAAUCAGGAACCACAUGGAUGCAGGAAAUCAUCACUCUAGUUUUGGGUAAAGGGGACCCAACUAUUGCCCAAACUCAGCCCAACUGGGCCCGUGCACCAUGGCUUGAGCAGUACUACUGUGAUGAUGUUCUAAAAGCCUCUACCGGGCCUCGUAUUAUUACUACACAUCUGCCUUACCACCUGCUGGCACCGGUCCUGCAACACUCCAAAGCAAAAGUUAUAUAUGUGGCCAGAAAUCUCAAAGAUGUGGCAGUUUCAUACUAUCACUUCCACAAGAUGGCCAAUUUUCUACCUGAGCCAGGCACUUUCUCUGACUUUCUGAAUGAUUUCCUGAAGGGUGCAGUGCAUUAUGGCUCUUGGUUUGACCAUGUCAAGGGCUGGACUAGUCACACAAAAGAUAUCCACAACUUUCUUUACAUCACAUAUGAGGAAAUGUGUCAGGAUCUUCACGGGUCUGUUCAGAAAGUGAGUCGUUUCCUGCAGUGUGAUUUAACUGAGGAUGAGCUGAUCCUUGCUCAAAAGCACUGUAGCUUCAAUAGCAUGAAGGAAAAUACCAUGGUGAACUACACUCUCAUCCCUCAGGAGAUCAUGGACCACAGAAAGGGCAAGUUCAUGAGGAAAGGUAAAGUCGGAGACUGGAGGAACACAUUCACUGAGAAGCAGAGUCGUCUUGUUGAUGACAUGUACUCUUCACAGAUGACAGAUUCCUCACUGCUGUUUAAAUGGGAAUGCCCUGAGAAGACUAUAAGGCCCUUGAUGAACACUAAUACUUCAGAAUCCCACACUCCCAGAGAGAUAGUUCUACUCACAUAACCGCUCAUCCCUGAUAAUAUUCUUCAAUUUACAUUUGAAAAUGUUUCUAAUAUUUCACACUGAAAUGCCCAGUAAGUGGGUGAGCUAAAGUAUUUAAUUCCUUUCUGUUUUUUUUUCUACAUGGUAAUUUAACUUAAUUUAUAUAUAUAAACCUUCAGCCUGAGACAUUAAAAGAGAAAUGUAGCAUUAUUUACAUAAUAUAUUACGAUUCAUUUUAUUUAUUUAUUUUUUUUUUUGUAUUUUAUGCAAUGUGACCUAAGUACUGUAAGUAUAGUAAAGUAAUAAUGUUUGAAGAUUAACAAAAACGAUAUGUAUAUCAGAUAGGUGGAAUUAUGAUGUUAAUUUCGUGAAAUUCUGGAUGUUUGUAAUAAGGCAAUAUAAUGAAUUUAAGUGUAAUUUUAUCAAUCUGUUUACUUAGUAAUAUAUAAUUAUUGUCUUGAAGCAUAAUGAUUUAUAUAAACCUACUUUACAACCUUU